GCCGGGGUAGGUGGGGGGGCGUCGGAGGAGCUGAAGGUCCCCUUUAAAAUCCGUCUCCCCCCGCCCCCUUAAACACAUCCACACAUUUAGUAGCAUGUUGUUCCCUCCUCGCUCCUACAUUCCUUUGCACUUCUCCUACUUCCUCUCCGUCAAAUCACUUUUCCAAGGCAACAUCCUCGCUGCCGUCGGAUGAAAAGAUCUGCAAUGUCAUAGGAAGCUUCGAGAACCUUCCAUUGGCAGCUGAACUCCUUUGGCAAUGGCGCAGCCCCCCCUCUGAUCAGACCAUGAGGACCCACACCCGUGGGGCCCCUACGGUGUUCCUCAUAAGUCUGUUGCUGCUCCCGCCGCCUCUCGCUGCAGCAGACCCGAGUGGGGGAAUCCCCUUCAUGGGAGGGAACUACAAUGGCCACCCCAUGUUGUACUUCGACCGCGCCGACGUCGUGGAGCUUCAGCUGGCAGCCGGAAGCACCCACAGGGAGAUGGCGAGGCGGAUCCGCGAGGCGGGUGAAACCAUGCUGGAACACCCGGAGGAGUACCUGCCCCCCUGGAGCCCCGUGGAGUUCAGUGCCAGAUGGAAUGAGGUCUACGGCAACAACCUGGGUGUCCUGUCCAUGUUCUGCCUGUUGUACCCACACAGAGCGGGGGCCGUGGACCUGGCCAAGGACUACAUGGAAAGAAUGGCAGCUCAGCCUAGUUGGUUGGUGAAAGAUGCACCUUGGGAUGAAGUUCCUUUGGCACACUCUUUGGUUGGGUUUGCCACCGCUUAUGACUUCCUGUUUGAGUACUUGAACAAGGACCAACAGGAGCGUUUUCUUCAGGUGAUCGGCAAUGCAUCUCAUCUUAUGUAUGAGAAGUCCUAUACCCGAGGCUGGGGAUUUCAGUACCUGCACAACCAUCAGCCCACUAAUUGUGUAGCUUUGCUCACAGGAAGCCUGGUUUAUAUGACACAAGGUUAUCUCCAGGAGGCCUACCUGUGGACCAAGCAAGUGUUGUCCAUCAUGGAGAAAUCCAUGGUGCUACUUCAAGAUGUCACAGAUGGUUCUUUGUAUGAGGGAGUGGCCUACGGGACCUACACAACUCGCUCUCUGUUCCAGUACAUGUUUUUGGUACAGCGCCACUUUGCCAUCAGCCAUUUUGAUCACCCCUGGCUCCUAAAACACUUCAACUUCCUGUACAGGACCAUCCUUCCUGGAUUUCAACGAACGGUAGCCAUUGCUGAUUCCAACUACAACUGGUUUUACGGCCCGGAGAGUCAGCUUGUCUUCCUGGACCGUUUUGUGAUGCGGAAUGGCAGCGGAAACUGGCUGGCUGAAUUGAUUCAUCAAAACAGGGUCACGGACGGAGUGGGACAGGCCGGGAAGGGCCAGCGAUGGUGUACUCUCCACACAGAAUUCCUCUGGUAUGACCCGACCCUCGUUCCAAAACCCCCAUUCGACUUUGGAACAUCCCAGCUGCAUUACUUCGAGGAUUGGGGCGUGGUGACGUACGGCAGUGCUUUACCGGCAGAUACCAAUCGCUCCUUUCUUUCCUUCAAGUCGGGGAAGCUUGGGGGUCGUGCCAUUUUCGAGAUUGUUCACAAGAGCAAGUACAAAGAGUGGAUCAAAGGGUGGAGGAACUUCAACGCAGGCCACGAACACCCCGACCAGAACACCUUCACCUUCGCACCCAACGGCGUUCCUUUCAUCACCGAGGGACUGUAUGGACCGAAAUACACCUUGUUGAAUAACGCCGUCUUGUUCGGACCGGCCCACUCGGGGAGCUGCUUUAAGCCGUGGGCCGGCCAGGUGACGGAAUCCUGCGACUCCAAGUGGUUGAAGUACAAGGCGGGGCCGGCGGCCGACGCUCAGGGGAAAGUAGAAGCCGCCAUGGAGAGACGAGGGAUGGUCUUCAUUCGCGGGGAAGCGCAUUCUGCUUACAGUCCAGACCUGAAGAUCCGGAACUUUCAGAGAAACCUGCUCCUUCUUCACCCACAGCUCCUACUGCUGGUAGACCACAUCCAUCUGGAUCCAGACAGCCCCUGCAGGGCCAUGAGUGCCUUCUUCCACAACACGGAGCUUCCGUUCCAGGAUAUGAAAGCGGACGGCGUCCAUGGAGCGUUUGUAUCCCACGAUGACGACAAGUAUAAAAUGUUCUGGAUGGAUGACACGGGUCACGGUACCAGAGGGGUGGUAGGGUACUGGAAUUACCCCCGAGGGUACCCGUACAAUGGAUCCAACUACGUCAACGUCACAAUGCCGCUAAGAUACCCUCACACCCGAGUGGCGUACGUCUUCUUGGGACCUGGCGUCACGCUCAACAGCUUCAGCCUUCGCGGCGACGACCAAAGAGUGGACAUCAACCUGGCCACCGCGGAGCACACCUACACCGUCUACCUGCUGACCGGAGUGCUCACCAGCAAGCCUCUCUUCGCCAUGGUGCUCAUGGACGGCAAGAAGAUUGUAUUCGAGAAGACGCCGGACGCAGCGGACGGCUCGCUUUCGGAAGUGGAGGAAUACGUCAACGUGAUGGAGGACAACCUCCAGCACGUCAAGCCGGUCUUCCAGCAAAUGGAGAGACACAUUCUCGGGAAGGUUCUAAACACGGGUCGAUUCCGCAAAACUGCAGAACGCCUCCUGCAGUUCUCAGACAAAAAGAAGACGCAGGGGGUCAUCGAGAAGCUCUUUGCCAUGUCCAAGAAGCAGCGGAAGGAGAAGAAGACAAUCAACCUCGGGGAGAAGCUCUCCGGGAGUCUGCCGGACAUCUUUUCCCAGAUUGAGGUCAGCGAACAGAAGGCUCGACUGAGGACAUCUAAGCGGGUUUACGAAGACAGCCCCGAGGAGGGAGACGCAGACCCGCAAGCCUUCAUCGAGUACGCAGACAGCCGCAAAAACAGGAAGGCCGGCUUGGCCAGAGGGCGGAACUUUAAAGAGGUGAACGUGUUGCUGACGACCGAAAGCCAGCGGCUUUCCAACAUGGCGUCUUCCAUCAGACUAUUCCUCCUCUUGAACACCGCCACCUUCUUCUUGCUCCUGGCUGUCUUACUGACCCGCUUUCACCGGGGUCGAACCGUGCACACCCAGAGGUGUUUCUACAGCAUCCUAACCAUCGACUGCUUGAUCCUACUGUACCUCUACUCGUCCUGCUCUCACGUACAGUGUUGACGUCAUCGCAGUUAUUCCGGACCGAUAGCGAUUAUUAGCACUUAACCCAUAUUUGGCCUCAAAAGUGUAAAAAUUGGCAUAAAACAUGAAUACAAACAAAUAUAGGAAUAUUUACAGCCUUGAAAUAUAUACUAUCAUCAAAAAAUGAAGUUGACUACUUCGGGUUUCACUUAUCGCUGACCUUUUGGGAACCUAUCCCCGUGAUAAACGAGGGAUCACUGUACUGUACUUUCGAAUAAAUGUCAUAAAAAUACGCUCAAUAUAAUCUGCCCGUGUCUACUUAUGUACAAGGUUUAUUGUGGCUAGAGAUGCUUUUGGACCCGUAAUUAAUUAGUUUUUGUCAUUUGCUUGUUUGGAUUUGGCUUCAGCAAAAUAAAUCAACAAGCAUAUUAUUAUUAUUGUUAAUGAUCUUUUCAAGCACAAGAACGCAAUAUAAUUCAUGUCAGACGUACCCCACAGACUGCAGGUAUCGAACAUGUCCAUUGGUAGCGGAGAUUUGAAAGACGCAUGCUGUUUUGACGCCCCUGCACAACCUUAAACUCCAUUGUUCCUUUGAAGGAUCAUGAUGGCGCCCCCUGGAAAACAUCUUAUUUUCUGUUAUAUAUUCUAUUUUUAUUUUCUUCUUUUAGGACUUAAGACUGAAACAGGCGAGUCCCAUGAUGUGCGUUGUUAGCAGUUAGCAUGCUAACUGUUUAAAAAAAACAAAAACAAAAGUGAACCAAGGGGUCAUGUUUCGCAUGAAGAUUGUAAAAGUGCAGAUUUCCUUGACCAUGACGUGUCAUUUAUGAUGGAAUAAAGAGAUUCUAAGGGGUCGC